AGUGUCAUUUAAUUUGCUUUAGAAAACGGUCGUGUUUUAGUAAUUCGUUAAUUUAUAUCUGUUUUAUUACAUAAAAACGCUUGAAUUAUAUGAAAGUGUGUGUUUUUUACUGCAGUGGGGUGGAAUAUGUGAUAUAGAUUUCCUUAAAUCUACAAAAUUCGAUCGAUCGCCCACGGGUGUCCGAUCUAGGGUGCCUUUUGAAAUGAGGCUUUAAUUUGUGUGAGUGAUAAUACUUUCGUUUUUACGCUUCGAUGACAUCUUGUUGAGAAGCUUACUCUCAAUCGAAAUAAACAUACAACACAUUUCGGAUGACAUCAAUGGACUUUUAGUAGUUGCUUACUACGGACCUACCUCAUCAAGAUGAUGGUGGAGACUAUCCUUGAGUCCUCCCAGGACUUUGGCAUGUCGAACGGGUCCCUGCCGCAGUGGAAACGCGAGCUGCUGCAGCGGCGCGCGGCGCGGUCGCGACCGCCGGUGCCGCCCCCCGCGCCGCCACCGCCCCCUCCUCCCCCCGAGCCCGCCGACGACGAGGAGCUCCGCUACGGGCCCGGGAUCGUCAAGCGCCUCAAGUCCCGCUAUCUCAGCUUAGCGCUACGAGAUGCGCCUCGUAGACGCCCGUCGGUUCUACGCCGCGCCACCUCCCUCGAGCACUUGCUGGACGAACCGCCGGCUCCGCGAACGCACUCACGCACCGCCCGCCCCGUCUCCCUCGCCGUGCCGCCCACCCCCGCCCGCCGCGAUUCAGUCAAACGCGCGCGCUCCGUCGACGCCCUCAGCCGUUUGGACGAACCGGAAGCGGCUCCUCGCGUUCGCCCGCCGCGUAGACCCGCGCCCUUGCUACGGGACACGGAGCGCCCGCCCCCGGAUGUGGUGCGAUCCGCGCUUCGCAAGUUCGAGUCCGCGCCGCCGCGACGGACAGCCCCGGCGGCGCGGGUUUCGGCCGUGCUCCGCGGUUUGGAGUCCGGACCGCGCUGCUCCACGCCGGAACCGCGCGGUCGCUCGCCAAGUCCCGCGACCGCGGACCUUUCCGCCAUAGACGACUCUGAUGGAGCUACAUUAUCCGCGAAGCCAGUGUCCCGUGCCGCCCUAGAAGGCAUCGCCCGCGCCGGUUCCUCGUUCACAUACUCGUUCGAGGCGCCGAGGAAUGGAUCGCACUUACCUACGGUCGCCGCUACGAAUUCGGUGCUACUCAGCCGCGCUCGUCUCUGGACUUCUCCACGUCGUGUCGGCGUCAUCCGGCCGAUGCCGGCUCCGCAGCUAGAACGCGCCGUUUCAAGUCCAGCACCGCCGCCCGAAGAAUUUACCGAUAAGACUAACGAGGAGCCCCGGGUAGUGACACCGCCGCCAGAACCGGAGCCGCGAUUGGAGAAACGCGAGCCGCCAUCGGCCGUAGUCGAGCCAAUUCCGCGAUCUCCCCCCACAGAAAGUGCCCCGACUGAAAUUCGGCCGCCCUCUCCGCAUCCGAUCCCUUCCCCUCGCGAACGAACCCCGGACCCUGUGGAAGUGAAAGCGGAACCGCGAGUGAUGGAAACGAUCCCCAAACAGGCGCUGGUGAACGGUCACGCGGAACCGCAACGCGCUCCCGAAGUUAAAGUGCGGACGCCGUCCCGUAUCGGAUCCGCGGGGAUAGAGCGAGCGUGGACCGGAGCGAAAGCCAAGAAGAGCGUGGUGAUAGAAGAGAAGAAGGAAGCGGAAGUGAAGAUGGCGACGUGGGCCCGCAAACCGCGGCCGCCUGUACCUUCGUCCACCUCGGUGGUGUUCAACUUCUCGAACCGGAAGGAAGUGCCCGACUACAUCGAGAACGACGGCAUCAUACUGCGGUCCAGCCGGCGGAACCGGAUCAAGGCGGGUGAGCCGGGCGUGGUGGUGCUUCGUCCGGAGGCGCUGGCGCGCGACUCGGGCUCCGAGUCGGACGGCGAGGGCGAGGGCGAGGGGGUGGACGGGGUGGCGCGGCCGCCGUCGCCGCUCGCCGUGCGCUUCGUCAACGACAACGUGCUCAUCAACGGACGCUCCUCCAUGCCCGCCAGACCCAACAGGCAGCGCAUCGCCAAUUUGAAGCUGCAAUUCGACGACUCGUUGACGCGCACGUUCGAGUACCCGUCGGAGACGUCUCUGUGCGAAGAGUCGCCAUCAAUUGAUACCGCUGUGGCUACCUCGCCGGCUACCUGCCCCGCUACCGCUACCGCAGCUGUCUCCGCCACGCUCGCCGCCAACACGCACCUAGUGUCGGGGUCGCUAGGCCGCUACACGCCGAGCAAAACGCACGCAGACUCCUUCGAACUCGGCCUUACUAGGCCUCACGCCGAAGCGGAGCAGUCGGAGCAGAGCAAGGCGGACGCUGUCGUGGAGGCGGUAGCGGAGGCGGAGGCGGAGGCUGAGGCGGGCGACGCGCGGCCCUGCGCCGCGCACGCCGCGCGCUCCUGGAGCGACGCGCGCGCGCUCUCCACCGACCUGCUGUUCUAGGCGCGCAACCCUCGCGCCACACACGAACUGCUCGCAGAUCACUACUCGCACUCGACAACACCACUGAAACAGUGCUGUGUUUAACGUGGACAAUGACCCAACUCAUAGUAUUUUUAAAUACAAUUCAAAACCCGACCGCUGCCACUUACUACUCUUACCAGAUCGCAGGCAACAAAAACAGAGAAACAAGUAGACAAGAACACGAACGAAACAGUGCUGCGUUUAAAGUGGACAUUGUGCAACCUCAUAGUAUUUUAAAUGCUGUUAUAGUGUUCACUGCCAAUUAUACCUCGCGUUACACUACGCACCACUCACUGCAUUGUACUCGUAGAACACCACUCGCACUGGACAUAAGCAGAAGCAAAAUAUUACUGCAUUUAAUUGGACAAUAAAGGACUCCAUUUUUCUACUAAAAAAGUUAUGUUACACUAAUAUUGACACUGCGUGAUCUGAGUAAACUCGAGGUUAUCUUCAAGUACUGACAAGUCUGACUGGAAUAAGAACAGAAGUACUUACAGCAUUAGAAUGAGAAGAGAUUCUUAAGAUUGAUUAAAAGCUACAUUAUUCUCUUACGUUCACUCUUAUAAACUACAGUGAAAGAAUGGUCCAUUAAAUAUAGACAAUAAUGUAAACUAAUUCAAUUUCAUAAUGAAAAAAGCUUUUAUGUUAGUUAGGUAAUACUAACUCAAAAGUCACAGCUCAAAUGAAAAUUACAAGAUCCUUACAAAAAUGAACCAUAUUGAGAUAGACAAGAACAGAACCAAGCAAUAGAAAUGUUAUUACAGGAUUCAAACAAACCAUUAAUUUUUAAAUGUCCUAUUUCCUUGAAUAUGUGAAAGAAAAAACAAAGUGUUUGACAUUGGCAGAAUUCUUUCACAGAUUGCCAUAAAAGAAGGAAUUCACACAGCACUGUAUCGAAGACUAGAACUUUUUCUUGUGUUUGUGUUGUGGCUUGCGGGUGGAACUAAAUACAUAAAACAAUAUCUCCAUAUUAUGUGUAUUUUUAUAAUGUAUGAGAUUGCUUAGUUUUUAUAUAAAAGCUUGUUCUAAAUUUUAUCGGGUUUACAAAUAUGCAGUGUUGUGACAUAUUAAUCAAAUUAAAUGUACAAGAUUCAAAAGUUAACGGAGAUGUGAAAAAAAUAUUUAAAAAAAAAUAAACUUUAUAAAAGUGAUAGUAUUAUAGUAUAAACUUAGUUGAAGGAAUUUUUGAAAAUAUGUUAUUUAGCCAAAGCUGUGUUUUAUACGGGGGCAAUAAUCUAUUACUUAUAAUAUGUACUAAGCCAUUUCGACUAAUUGACUCUUAUAAGAACUAUGGAUUCAUUUAAUUAAUAACCAUACAAACUUUCCUUGCAUUUGUCUACAAGUCAUUACAUUUACAUAUUUACACUAUAAUAUUUUUGUACUAAUAUUUGUCUACGUACUGGAAUUAAGAUUAUCUUGUAACUAGGUUUAUU